AUGUUCAAACCCAAGACAACAAACCUAAACAAGCAAAAAUACCCUGAAACCAUGGAAGAUUAUAACGCCGCACUGUCUUUGAUCCUCCAAGGAUGUAAGUUGGCUAAGGAGCUAGAGUCGAACGUCGAGAACCCGGCGAGCGAGCCAAGCGCCCUCGCGAGCUUCUGCGACGAGAUCGUGAAGGUCCUCGAUGAAGCGAGGGGAAGGCUGCGUAAUGAUCAUCAUCAAGAUCAUGCAGGCGAUGAUCAGAUGCAGAUGAAUGUCCAUGAUGCCAAUUUACAUGAAUGGCUGAUGAGGUCUAAUAGUUGUUACGCUGAUCAAGCAAUGGACAUGACUGCUCAUGAUCAAGACAUGUCCGGAAAUAAGAUGGGCAGUACUGUUCCGUUUCUGGUCUCAAGUAUUGGACAAAGACCGCGAAGAAGGAAAGAUGAUGCUGAGACUCGCAUAGUGAAUAUGGCUGCGCCUCAAAUUGGAAACACUGAAAUCCCACCGGAUGAUGGGUACACUUGGCGCAAAUAUGGCCAGAAGGAAAUUAUGGGCUCAAAGUACCCUAGGGGCUACUAUAGGUGCACCCACCAGAAGCUCUACGAUUGCCCCGCCAAGAAACAAGUCCAGCGGCUAGAUCACGAUCCGUCCACCUUCGAAGUCAUAUACCACAGUCAUCACACGUGUCACAUGUCGGCCACGGCCCCGUCCAUGUUACCGUCACAGCCGAUAAUUAUAUCACAAGACAUGACACAUACUGUGGCUGGUAGAAGAUGGCUUUCCGUGGAAUUCAGCACGGCACUUGGCCACGGAACCGGUACUAGUUCCGGUGCAUGCACGUCGGGUACCGGUGCCAGUACCGGGCGGUACAAUAAAGAUCAAGUGAGUCAUGAUCAGUUCCCUGUGGUGGACAUGGCCGAUGUAAUGUUUAAUUUUGGCAGCAGCAGUACUAGCAACAGCAUGGAUUUUUUGUUCCCUUCAGUGGAAGAAAAGAAUAACGACAAUAAGGGAACAAGAAAAAUGUCUGAUUAA